AUGAAGAAUUUUUCUGCACAAAAUAUCUCAUUCACAGACUUCAAAUUUAAUGGUUUUUACAGUCUAGGAGAAUGGAGGCCUUUUUUUAUUUAUUCCUUUAUUAUGUUUUUAUUAGCUAUAACAGCAAAUUCCAUUCUUAUAUAUUUAAUUAUAACCCAAAGGGCUCUGCAUUCUCCUAAGUGUGUACUAAUAGGUUUAAUGGGCGUUAUAGACUUGCUCUUGCCUAUAUUUUUUGUACCUAACAUGCUUCUUACAUGCAUAACAUGCAAAAAGCUUCUUAGCUUUUUGUUUUAUUGGAGUGGGAUAUCUCUCACUGGUUGUUUGAUACAAAUGUUUUGCCUUCAUUUUGUUGGAACAUUUCAAACUACUUUGCUUUUUUGGAUGGCACUGGAUCAUUAUUUUGCAAUAUGCAAACCACUUUACUAUCAUAAAUACAAGAAGAUCUGUAACUUUCUAAAGUUUGUUUAUGCACCACUAAUCCGAAAUGGACUCCUGAUUUAUGCCAAUGUCUCUCUAGCUGGAAGACUGUCAUUUUGUGCAACAAAUGUCAUUGAUCACUGUUUUUGUGAGCUCUUCGCCACUUGCUUUCCCGAGCAAGGCCUUGUCGCCGUGUGGAGAGCACUCUAA